AGUUGUUAAUUGUUGCAAAUAUUUUAUUAUCAUUAUGUAUCUAAUACAGACUGUCCAAUCAUCCUGGCGACCACAAUUGCCUCUGCCAAAGGAAAUACAACUUUCAAAUGAAAACAUCAACGAACUACAUCACCACCACCAUUUCUAUCCACAACAGCAGCAAUACGACGUCGACGAUAUUGACGAAAUACAAAUCAUUGAAAGCGACAUGGAUCGUUUUCACAUGAGCAGUAAAAAAGAUCCCUCACUGAAUGGCUCCCAGCUAUCGAAUGCCAGCAACAAUAACAGCACUUCGAAAAAAUGGUCCUUCGGUCGUUUCUUUCGUCGAAAUAAAAAAGAAAUCGAAUCAGAAUCCUCAUCGGAAGAUGAUCGUAAGGCAGGAUUUUCUCCAACUCAUAAAUAUCCACGCUCGAGUUCGGCGGCCACCUCAACGCCUAAUAAAAAAUCCAAGUCCAAAACAUCUACAUCAGCGGGUAAUCGUAACAGUAGAACUAGUGGAUUCGAUCAUGUUGUAGUCAGUCCCAUAUCGGGUAACUCAUCAUCGACUGUCACCUCACCUGUGGCAUUGGGACACAUAGACAAUGAAUUCUUUUUGCCCGUUGAAACUGUGUCACCAAUGGGUUCCCAGGAACCAUUCUAUCAAAAUCAGACACAGCGUCUGCAUCAUUCUCAACAGUACCUGUCACAUGCACCACAAACGCAACAACAAUUGCUGAGCAAAUCGGCACAUUCUCUGGAUCGUCGGGCAUCACGGGCCAAACAACGUUCUUCAUCCAAGGCUGCGGGACACAGUCCCCAAAUAAUAGCCGGCUCUUCGAGUGAGGAGGAACUGAUAUCCCUAAAUUCCUCCACCUUUUCAAAAUAUCGCAGCGAUGAAAGCAUUCACAGUGGUGGUCAGGGACACAAUGGUUCGGGUAUGAGUCGUAAGAGUAGGGCUGCCCGCAAUGAACGUUACUACAAACGUUUAUCACGCGAUGGUGAAGUUAGUCAUGGCCAGGUUCCGGUUAUGUUUGCCCAACAGCCCACUCAGAGGUGGAAAACUCAACCUGUACCUCUGUCAAUAUAUCAGGCUCCUAAUACCGCUCAACAUAUGGCUCCAUAUGUACAAUGGAAUCCUCAACAAUUACAACAACAGCAACGUUCGCAACAACAGCAGGCAUCUAAAAAUUUACAAAAUUCGGUAAAUGAAGCCAAGCGUAGCAUCAGCUAUGACAGUCACAUCCACUUGCAAAAUGUCAAUGGUAGAAUGCAAAGCAAACCCCUACCACCACCACCGCCACCACGAGACCCUCUACGCCGAGUGAACGUUAGCAGUGGUCACAUGCAGGACGGAAGUUCCAGCGACUUAAGACCAAUUUCAUAUGCUUUUGAUCAAACCGGAGUACCGGUACUUCCGGCCACCGGUCUUGGUGGUCGCUGUGUUUCAGAUGAUAAAAUCUGGGCCCAACAUCAACCCCAAUACCAAUCCAUACGCUCACUGAAUAUUUUAGCAAAUCCUGUCAGCUCUGGGGUUCAACCACAAAAUCGUCGUUUCAUUACCCGUGCGGAUCGUGAUGCCCAUCCCGGCAAGAAGUCUCUGCCAAAUGGUAUUGAUUUCCACUAUGUUGCCGAUGCCACACCACGUUCCCGCAAACCCAUACAUAUGCUGGAACCGACCAACAAGUCAUCUUGUUAUGGCGAUGAUGUUGAAGAACCACAGCAGCAGCCACCGUCCUCGGGUAUAUUGCGCACCACCAAGAGUGGUCUGCCCACACCCACUCCAGCUCCAAGAGGUCGGGAUAUGCAACGAUCUGCCAUAGAUAGUGGCAUGCAAAUGAAACCCAGAUCUGUUUCAUCCUCUAGAGUUUCAGAGAUGAGAGCGUAUCCCAUGCCAAUGUAUUCGGAGGUAUAUAAACCGAAUAAGACAAAGACACCUCCUCAACCCAGAGCCGCAUCUCCUCAUCCACAACCAACUCAUGAUCAAGAUGAAGUGGAUGGUGUUGUCUGCGCUAGUCUGCGCAUUAAACCUGCCCAGGAUAGUAGCAGCAACUACGUUGAGAUACGCAACAAGGAUAUGCCCAAGUCCCACUCGAUGCCGGAUCAUUAUCACAGGCGUUCGGGAGAAAUGAGUGUCGCUCCGAAUAAAUAUGAGGAAUACGUCAAUGAACGUAAGGAACAGCAUCAAAAUGCUCCACAGCCACCGCAACGGAAAUUGGUUGGUCUGCCCAAUAUACCACAGUUGAGUUUUCCACGAAAGAAGCCGGCCAAUUUGGAGGAGGCCAUAAAUGAAUUGGAGGCCAUUUAUCGUUCAUUGGGCUUGACAGAACCAGAGGCCACAGAAACGACAACGACUACCGUGGCAGCGACAACGGCGACGAAAAAAGAUCGUGUACCCACACCCAAUGAUUUCGAGAAAUAUGCCCUGGCCCAUGCCGAUGAAUACGAUGAUGACGACGAUUCUCCCACUGGAGAACCCGAUCCCAUACGAGAUGAUGUGGCAUAUCGCAAUAUUAAGCUGGCCAAUCUGCAACAUAAGACCGUGGAAAAGCAGCCACCCUUUGGCAUACCCAUUGGACCAAUUGUACCAGCUCCUCAGACAGAUUAUUUGCACGUGAAACCUAAUCAACAGAAGGAGUAUUUAAAGAAAGAUACCAAGGCUCCGGAUGUAAUAAAAGAUGAUUUGGCUGUGAGAGCUUUGCGCAAAGAUCCCGUACAACCAAAGGAGAGAUUCCAGUAUCCCAACAGUGUGCUGCCAAAGAAAAAUCGUGCAACUCGUACCCAAUCGGCCAACAUUUAUGCUCUCAUACAAAGAGACGCUGCCAAGCCUUCGGGUGGUGAUUUGUAUUCCUACAUGGAGUUGACAAAGAGCAUUGAUCGUUCGGGUAGUAUGUCCGAUUUACACAAGAAAACCCAGGAGACGGAUGAUAUACCAUCUACUCUGAAGCUAUUGCAAAAUCUAAAGGAACAGGAGAAGGAACAACAAAAUACCAAGAAGGCCCACAUACCUUUCCGCCAUCCCAGCCAGGGUGGAGCCAUUUGCCAAUUGCCACAGAAACUGAGCACUGCACCAUCGGAGGAAAAGAAACCUCUUGUUGUUGUCCAUCACAAACCCACACCAAUGCCACGAAAAUCUCUCACACCUGAACCCCAACAUGGAGGUGAAACAACUAAAAUGGAAGAAGCUCUCAAUAAAAUUGCUCAGGAUGCUCAAGAGAGUAGCAUUAAGUUGAGCCAGGAGCUGCAAGAGUUACGCAAGGAGGCCUUGAUAACCCAAUCGAAACCGAAGCGACAAAAUUCACACGAAGAUAAAAUCGAACAGGAUCUCAAGGAGAUUGAAAAGGUAUCCCAAGCGGCAAAGAAAUGUAGUAAAAUGCUACUGGACACCUUGCCUGAUGGCGGAGAAGUGGUGCCCAACGAUAGCAACGUGGCACCGAGAAAACUGCACAAAGAAGAUAAACUUAUCCAGGCAAUCGAUCAGGUAUCGGAGGCCGCCAAUAAGGUGUGUGAGAAAAUACUGAAAGACAUUGUUACCACCGAACCACCUGUUGUGGUGCACGAAGCCAUAAAGGUGAAGCAGCAGCCACAACAGUCUCCACGCACUGUGGAAAGCAAACAAGACACUACCUCUUCAUUGGUAAUACCAACGCUAAUCAAAAAAUUGGAUCCCAUACAGUCGGAUAAAAUCGAGGCAAUAGCCAGGCGUUGUAUGCGCCAACUGAGCGAUCUGGCGGCCGACAAUCACGACUAUGACAAUCUCAAUCAGCCAGAAAUCACAGUGGCCUCAACCUGUAAUUUGGAUGAUAGCACUAGUAAAGUUCAGAGUCCCAAUGAUUUGUCCACUUCUACUCUUACAGAGACUUCUCAAAAAGCUUUUGUGGCCAGCAAGCCGCAAGAGGCGACGAUUGAGGACAUUGAUCAAAUCAUGAGAGAAUGUGAAGAUCAGGCACGCCAGCAAGAGAUGGUGAAACGCAACAGUACCACUGCCCCCACAGCCAAGGUGGUGGCGACAGGUUGCAGUGCCACUGCCUCCUCCAUUUCAUCUUCCAGUGACUGUUUGGCCAAAUCCUCUAGUCCAACGGCCAGUCGCCGUUUCUCGUCAAGCAUUACCUCAUUCAAUCCUUAUUCGUCCAGUGAUUAUAUCAAGUCACCCAGUAGUGAUUAUCAUGCACCCAGCACCGAUCGUAUAAAAUCUUGCAGCACCACAUCCUACGAUGUACAAUCGACAACGAGUGCUACACCGAAUAUAACCACGACAACCAGUGCCGCCAGCAAUUUCAGCUGUUCGCCCUCACCACCACCGCUCAAUUUGACACCGGUCAGUAACUGCAGUGCCACAUUGGCCUGUUCGUCGUCGCAGAGGGCCCGUUCAUCGUCGCCCUCGCAGUACAACUCCUCCGAAGAAUUGGCCAUGAUAUUUGGCAUUGAAGACAAGGCCGCCGCCAAUCGUAUGCCGCGCACUUCGAAACUACAGAAACACUCAGAAUCCGCUAUUGAUAGCUCGGUGAAUGACCUAAGUUCUGAAUCAGCCACUGCCAAAACUAGCUGCCAGCUACAACAACAAAAUCCCCAACCACUGCAACUGCAACAUCCACAAUCGGAACAACAACAACAAUCACUACUUAAGAAGCAACAAAAUUUCAAACGUUACCAAGGACAUCAUCCGCACUUCCAUCAUCACACUGCACCCGCAUACUAUACCGAUCUACAUUUACGUAUCCAUACGCCGGAAGUCAAGGAUUCUCUGAAUGAGAAUUAUCAAAGUGUCUAUAGGACACCCUCGAAAUUGGUAAAGGACGAACGGCAAUUUCCCAAAACGGCCACAGCCACAGUAGCACCGCCCAUUAUCCAAUCACCGAAAUCGCCCACAGCUAUAGCACCAAAGGACGUGACCAGUGCCGAACAACAGGAAGGUAACUCCACAACAUCUGGGGCUUCGUUUUUUCGUGGGGCUGGUUCCGGUCUUCCAAGGGAGGAACCGCAGCCAAAAAGUGUCAACGAUCCGUACGGGAACUCAUCACCAAAUUUGGCGAACCCUGCAAAAGGUAAUAUUCCCUAUGAUCUUCCCCCGGUCGCUAAUGCCGAUGGUAGUGUAGUUUUUGCUUGUACCAAUUUUAAGCCCUGUAACAGCAGCAAGGCAACGGAAUUCGCUCCCCAGCCUUCUGCUGGCUCUCCGCGAAAUUCACCUGCCACUGCCGGAACACGUAGUAGUCGAAGCACGCAGCGUUUUAGUAACCGCCGGAGGGCAGUGCGUGUGCGCAGUGAAUCACGACCAAUUAGCGCUCUCUAUGACAUAAUAUGCAAAGAAAAGGGUCUAGACAUCGGCAGUUCAUCAUCAAACGAAGACGAAUUUUCUGCACCCAAUAGUCACGACGAACGUCAACGAUCUCGACGAUCGCAUUCAAGAUCGUUGAGCAAACAAACAAAGGCGGCCAGUAGCACAAACGUCAUGAUGUCUCCGGGCGGGGAGACAAGUCAAACCCGUGUGAUGAGCCAGAAAAAACGCUCCAAGGACAAGCGUUCCUCAUCGUCCAUCUUUAUCAAUGAUCUUAGUGACAACGAGUAUGACGAUAGUAGUCUCCUCCUGCAAGUCGAGGAUGAUGCCAACAUGGCAUUGCAUCGCAAUCACAAGAAAUCCCAUCUACCAAUGAUGGAUUCUCAGACCAAUAAAGUAUCUCAAGACUCCUUAAAGACUCUUCAAACCAGUAGUGCUAGUGAUAAUGUACUUAAUGCUAAUCAUUCAUCAUUAUCUUCAUCAUCCACGAAACCGAUUCCGCCUUCUGUGGCCCAGCCAAUGGCGGGAGCAGGUGCUGGCACCUCUACAGCAGCAAUCAUUUCGCCCAAAGCCGAACGUUCAUCACGUAAAUAUAGACGUUCACGCGAUGAGAAACCGCGCCGUCAUACCGAUGGUGCUGUCCAACUUUUAACAGCCGAACAGGAACUGAAGGAGAAGGAGCUCGAGCGGCAUCAGGAAUACCAACAAUACCCGCAUCAUCAUCAUCUGCCACCUCAUCCUCAUCAGUGUGAUGAUCACAACGAUGAUGAUGUUGUUGUUGCUGCUGAUCAAACGCAUCGUCAUCACCACCACCAUCGCCAUAAUCCUCCUCAUCCUGAGCAUUCUCAUGCAUCAGAGCCGCAACAACAGCAGCAGCAGCCACAGCAUUCAUAUCAUCAUGAUUUAAAUGGUGCCGGUCACGAUUUUCAUGUAUCCGCUAAUGCUGCAAAUGCUAAGAG